CACAAACAGUGCUGGGUCAUAUGUGCGCAAGGUGUGCGUCAAGGUGGUUUUAUCAUAAGUUGACUGUAGUUUCUUAAAAAAACGUGGAAUUAGCGGAAAACAAUUCACACACCACUAUCACCUGUUAUCAACGUAUAAACCGUGCCUAAAAUAGAGUGAAACAUGGACACGGUUUGGGCUCGGGACCCUACCGAAGGGUUCAUCCUUGCCCGAAUAUCCGAGCUACUAGUAGACGGUGCUGAAGUAAUCCCCGUCAACUCGAAAUUCCCCAAACGGGUCUUGCCUUUCAGCGACAUUUUCAAAGCACAAGAGGAUGACGUAAAUAAAGAUUACGAUGACAACUGUGAAAUGGUUUUCCUAAAUGAAGGAUCACUUCUCAAUAAUAUCCGUAUCAGAUAUUACCAAAAUAAAAUCUAUACCUACGUGGCAAAUAUCUUAAUCGCCGUCAACCCUUACAAAGACAUCCCCCAACUCUACGCCCCCCAAACAAUCAAAAAUUACCAAGGCAAAUCUUUAGGGCAAAUGCCACCUCAUGUUUUCGCUAUCGCCGACAAAGCUUUCCGCGAUAUGAAAACUCUGAAACAAUCACAGUCGAUUAUAGUUUCGGGGGAGUCAGGAGCUGGGAAAACCGAAUCUACCAAGCAUCUCCUGAAGUAUCUGUGUGUCAACUGGGGGGCCCAAGCGGGUCCCAUUGAACAGAAAAUCCUAGACGCGAAUCCAGUCCUUGAAGCUUUCGGUAACGCAAAAACGACACGAAACAACAAUAGUUCCCGAUUCGGGAAAUUCAUGGAAGUACACUUCGAUAAAAAUUUCCACGUGGCAGGUGGGCACAUUUCUCACUAUCUUCUAGAAAAGUCGCGGAUUUGUUCACCACAAGGUGACGAACGAAGUUAUCACAUUUUUUACAUGAUGAUGGCCGGGGCUCCCGAGGGAUUAAGACAGAAACUAGCCCUGACAAAACCCGACGAUUUUAAUUAUCUUAAAUCAGGCUGUACCCGUUAUUUCACCACUGCCGCCAAUGAAAAAAAGCUAACUCCAGGUCAGAAAAGCGCAGAUCAUUCCAAAAAUGGUCCUUUGAAAGACAUUCUGAUCGACGAUGUUGCUGAUUUUGUGACUCUUGAUGGUGCUUUAUCACGUUUGGGUUUGACUGAUUCCGACCGGUUUGAAAUCUACUCAACUGUAGCAGCAGUUUUGCACCUUGGUAAUAUUCAGUUUGAGGACAAUCCUGAAGACACGAGAGGAGGUUGCAGAGUGUCACCUACUAAAGCUAAAUCACUUGAAAUUGCAUCUGGACUUUUGGGAAUCGACCCAACCGAGCUUAGACAAGCUUUAGAAGCUCGAGUUAUGCAAAGUAGCCGAGGUGGAGCCAAAGGAACAGUCAUUAUGGUACCUCUCAAAGUCUAUGAGGCCAACAAUGCUCGCGAUGCUCUCGCUAAAGCUAUCUACAGCAACCUUUUCGAUUACAUCGUGAAUCGAAUCAACCAAAGCAUUCCUUUCCAAACUUCCAGUUACUACAUCGGUGUCUUAGAUAUAGCUGGAUUUGAGUUUUUCACUGUUAACAGUUUUGAACAAUUUUGUAUCAACUACUGCAACGAAAAACUUCAACAAUUCUUCAAUGAAGUCAUCCUAAAAAAUGAGCAAGAAUUGUAUAAACGUGAAGGUUUGAGUGUACCCGAAGUGAACUUUGUGGAUAAUCAAGACUGUAUCAAUUUAAUUGAAACUAAAAGUAACGGAAUUCUUCAAGUUCUUGAUGAGGAAUCUAAACUGCCGAAACCUUCCUACAGUCAUUUUACAUCAGAAGUACACAAACACUGGCCUAACGAAUUCAGAAUAGGUUUACCAAGAUCGUCCAAAUUGAAAUCCCAUCGAAGCCUAAGAGACGAUGAAGGAUUUUUGAUCCGUCAUUUUGCCGGAGCUGUGUGUUAUCAAACUAAACAAUUCAUUGACAAAAACAAUGAUGCAUUGCAUGCGUCGCUGGAAGGGAUAGUGCAAGAUAGUAAAAGCAAACUCAUCCAAAUUCUUUUCGCCACAUCAAAUGCACAAAAAGGGAAACUUACGUUUAUUAGCGUCGGUACUAAGUUCAAAACUCAAUUACUCGAACUGAUGGAAAAGUUGAGAAAAAAUGGGACCAAUUUUAUUCGCUGUAUCAAACCGAACAAUAAAAUGCUUGAUAAUCAAUUCGACGGUGCCUUGUGUUUGAUGCAAUUGAAAUGUCUUGGAAUGACUUCAGUUUUAGAACUCAUGGAGCAUGGGUACCCUAGUCGAGCCCCAUUUACCGAUCUAUACAAUAUGUACAAAGACUAUCUUCCACCAGAAUUGAAGAAACUCAAUCCUAAAACGUUUUGUGAAGCAAUGCUCCAUAGUUUGAAAUUGAAAGAUCGAGACUUUAAAUUCGGAGUCACUCGAGUGUUUUUCCGGCCGGGAAAAUUUGCCGAAUUUGAUAAAAUCAUGAAAUCUGAUCCUGAAAAUUUGAAAGCUAUCAUCGCUGAUGUUAAGAAGUUCCUUGUCAAGUCGCGAUGGACCAAAGCACAGUUCUGUGCCCUCACUGUUAUCAAAUUGAAAAACAAAAUUAUUUACCGGAAACGUGCCCUUAUUGUCGUUCAAAAGACUGUCAAAGGUUACUUGACUAGAAAACGCCACGGGCCGAGAAUUAAAGCUUUGACUAAGAUUAAUGGUCUUGGUGGUAACUUAAAGAAGAUGGAAGCAAUUGCUGGUCAAUUGAAAAAAGAAAAAGAAGCUACUACUAAUGAAAUUAAUCAACUUAAAAAUGAGAUAAGUGGAACAAUUGGACGUAUUAAGAAAGAGGAAAAAAUGGCAGCCUCCGUUGUGGAUGGUCUUUAUAAACAGUUGGUUGCGAAAGUCGACAAACAAAUGGAUUUGUUGCAGAAGAAAUUGCUAGAACAGAAGAAUGCAGAAGAGCAAGCCCGACUGAGGAAAAUCCAGGAAGAAAUGGAACGUGAAAAGAAACGUAAAGAGGAAGAAGAACGUCGAUUGAAAGAAGAAGAAGAGAACAGGAAAAAGAAAGCCGAAAUGGAAGCACGACGAAAGAAAGAAGAAGAAGAACGCAAACGCCAAGAGGAAACCGAUCGAAAAACAGCCGAACUUCUUCAAGCGCAACAAGCAAAGGAUGCAAUGGAUGAACGCCGUUAUCAGGAACAAUUGGAGCAAGAACGCCAAGAUCACGAACUUGCUCUUCGUCUAGCACAAGAAAGUAACGGACAACUCGAAGAGAGUCCUCCCAUGAUCCGAAACGGUGGAGCGGACACGGCCAGGCAGUCUUUCAAGCUCAACAGAUCAGAAGCUGUGAAGAACCAACAAGCGGCUCUCGCCAAAGGCAAGUACGACCUAACCAAGUGGAAGUAUUCGGAAUUACGUGACACCAUUAACACUUCCUGUGAUAUCGAACUGCUGGAAGCUUGCCGUCACGAAUUCCACCGCCGCUUGAAGGUGUACCAUGCCUGGAAGGCUAAGAACCGCAAGCGUACCAUUAUGGACGAGAACGAACGCGCUCCACGGUCCGUCUUGGAAUCAGCCGCGAGGACCCCAAAACUCCAACAAAAGGCACCAGUUUUGGACAAUAAUUCCCAGAGGUACUUUCGUAUUCCCUUCGUACGUCCAGGAGGGGAUAAUAGUAAAAGGGGGUGGUGGUAUGCGCAUUUCGAUGGUCAGUAUGUAGCAAGGCAAAUCGAGUUGCAUCCGGAGAAGGCGCCGAUUUUGCUGGUUGCAGGGAAAGACGAUAUGCAGAUGUGUGAACUGUCUUUGGAAGAAACGGGAUUGACAAGAAAACGGGGCGCAGAAAUUUUGGAAAGUGAGUUUAAUAAGGAAUGGGAGAAGCACGGUGGAGCCAAGUAUGUGCGACCGGCUGAUCGGAAACAAUAGUAAAAUAGAGCUUAAGUUUGUUAGUUAAAGGGGUUUUUGAUAAUUUUGCAACAGGUAGCUUUGCAGUAUUAAAAUAUACAGCUAUAUUGAAAUGUAAACAGUAAUAAAUUAUUGAUAAUAAAUUAUUUAUCGUUAAA